AUGCCGAUGUUUCAAGGGUCUCUCCCCAUCAAAACACCAGCGAUGGAAUUGACUGAUCUUGGCUUGUCUAGGGGGUCUUCCUCUUCCAAUUUUGACGAUGUCGAAAGGCAGACUCCCGACACUAUUCCCUUCGCCAAAAGCCCCAAAUUCUCCAGCACCAAAGGCAACCUCUUUGACCGAGAUUUACCCUUGAGAUAUGCCCUCGACGACUACUUCCAUUCCGAAAUUGACACCGCAUGGAGUGACCUGCCUCUGAUAGGCUGUGGAUAUGUGAGCGGCCUAAUUGACGCGCUGUCGUACAAUGCGUGGGGAAAUUUCUCGAAUAUGCACACAGGGAACACUAUCUUCAUCGCUUUAGGAGUGUCCGGGAAGCCCGAUAGCCAGCCCAUGCUGUGGCUUAAGGCUCUCAUUGCUGUUACAGUGUUUAUAGUCGGCAACGUCUUUUUCGUCUACGGCUCGCGAUACCUGGGUACUCUCCGACGCUUCACCUUGAUAGUGUCUUUUGCCAUUCAGACAGCUCUCCUCCUCGGAGCCGCCAUUCUUGUUCAAAAACGGAUUGUUAGUCCCACCCUGGACCGUCAAAUCCCAAUUGACUGGCUUCAGGUUCUCGCAAUCUCGUUGAUCGCAUUUCAAGCCGCCGGUCAAAUUGUCGCCUCGCGAUUCCUGGCCUUCUCAGAGAUCCCCACAGUUGUUCUAACAGUCAUGGUCUGCGACUUAUUUGUUGACACCGAGCUAUACCGGCGUCCCUGGAGCUCGAACCCGAAACGAAACCGAAGACUAGGUGCCUUGCUUUCACACUUUCUGGGGGCCGUGACUGCUGGUGGAAUGGCGAAGGAGACAGGGCUUGCAAGUGGUUUGUGGCUUGCCACGGCUCUGAAGGCUUGCAUUACCCUAGGUUGGUUCGUGUGGAGGAGGAAAGACUAG